CACACGGUCACUACAUACAGAGGAGGAACCAGAGAUGCAUUCAGACAGAGAUGGUGCUGCAGAGCCAUCUAAUACAGAUGUGAAAACGAGGAAGAAAAACAUACACGAGGGUCCGUUUAAAGUGCCAGAUGACAAAAGCAUUUUCCUGUUAUGGGCCAUAGAAAAGGAGAAACAAAAAGAAGAGAUGCGCAAGUACCUGGCCCUGCCUGUCCACAUGAAGUUGAGCUAUGCUAGGCAAAUUAAGACAGAGAAUAGGAAUUUGCUGAGAGAACAGAUGAAGGAGGAAGAGGAUGGAAAUAAUGUAGAGAGAUUGCACAGGUUGAAGGAAAAGAAAGUUCAACCUAGCAGCUCUGCCCCAAGAAAAGCUUUGAUAAAGAGAGGCAAUAUUAAGAAAGAGAGCACACUGGACUACAUCACCAAGCAACAAGAGAUUUUUCGGCAGGAGUACUGUAAACUGGAAAAACAAAGGGAGAUUAAAAGACUGGAGGAUGCCUUUGUAACAGAGGAGAGGAAGCUGAAACAAGCUGAACAGGAGCUGGAAGAUACUGCCCACUUGUUUGAGGAGUACCUCAAGGAGAAUGAACAGAAAGCUGUGGAGGCCAUCAAAAUCGCUGAGCAGGAGACCAAAUCCAAACAGGAGAAGAUAGCGGAGAUCAAGAGGUUGAACAAUGAAAUUUGGACGAUAAAAAGAGAAAUCUCCAAGGACGAGGAAACACUGAGGGAAUACAAAGUGUAUAAGGAUUUUCUGUACAAGCUGUCCCCUCCAGAGUGGCAGGAGGCCCAGAGGGCCAAGGCACUGGAGUCUAAGGUGCUCUCUGAAAAAGAUGUUCUGAGUAGGGAGAAAUACAAGGAGACAGAGAGCAAGUCUGGACUGAAGCCCUGUCUGGAGAGGAAGGCCUCAGGUUGCAAGCUGCCCCCAAUAGGAGAUCCCAGGUUGUCUUCCAGGCAGAGCAUCCAGUCACUGGCCCAGAGCAAAAAAUUGAACGCUGUCUCAAAACUGGAUAGCAGCAGCAUGGAAUUUGAGGAUGAACCAGAGCUUUAUUUCUCCGAACCCCAGCAACUGCUAGAUCUGUUAACACAACUGAAGGAACAAGUCCUGUUCCUAAUGGAGAACUGUGCAGAAACUGAGGAGGCCCUGGGAGAGCUACACCUUCCGCUCGACAUGUCCAAGAAGAAAAUGGCACAGAAUGAAGAGCAGCUGACAUCAAAGAUCAGCAUCAUGACUGAGAACAUUGAAAGAGAGCAGGAAAGGGUUGCUGAACUGAAACUGAAGGUCGACCUCUUUAACAACUGCAAAUUAACGACGGACCAGGACAGAGUGCUAGAGGAGCUGGGUCGUAAGGUAGAGGAAGUGUACCGCUGUUGUGUGGCGGACAAGAAGGGGAAGCUUACCGCGGUGCAGAUGCUGGAGCACAUUGAGGCCCAUGUAUUCUUGCUACUGGAGAACCUCGAAGGCAUCCGCAAAGAAACCUUAGAGAGGGCGGUGCGGCUCAAGAAUGACGAGAGGAGGGUCAAGCAGCAGGAAGAGAAGCUGCAGCAACAGAGAGACCAUCAGCAGGAGAGGUUGAGGAAGGCCUCAGAGAGAGCUCACUCUGAUAUCAAAAAAACAAGUGGGAAAAAGCUGAUGCUAAGAUCUAAGCCCAUUGUCCAGAAGGUCAAGUUUGACAAGGUGAAAAACAUCGCUGAGAAGGAUGACAUCGAUGCCUACUUUUUCUCCUAAAACCUAAGCUGGAAGUCCCC